AUGAUUACGGGCCAGCUGAGUAAGCCGUUGCUCUCUCUGCGCGGCGACAUGGAUGCCUCGGAGCUGCGCGAGGAGGACAAAGCUGCCAGCCCAGACAGCGAGCUCAACGACGAUGCCCUGCUACUGUCCGCCGACAGCGCUGACGGAGAGGACAAACCGUACGGUGGGCGGGGUGGUUCUGUGCAGUCCGAUGCCAGCAGUAGCCCGUCAGAGAGUUAUAUGGGCCAGUCACACCCAGCAUAUCCAGUGGGACCGCAGUCUCUUCUGGUAGCCCAGCAGUUGGCAUCAGCUGUGAGUGGCGUGAUGUCUGGAGGGACCCCUGGUCUGAAUCAGCCAAUCCUGAUCCCUUUCAAUGCGGGCGGGCACCUGGGGGGCCAGCAGGGCCUCGUUCUCUCUCUACCCACCGCCAACAUCCAGGGCCUGGUGGCAGCCGCAGCCGCCGGGGGGAUCAUGACCCUGCCCCUACAGAACCUGCAAGCCACCUCAUCCCUAAAUUCACAACUUCAGCAUCUCCAGCAGCUUCAACAAAUGCAGCACCACCAUCACCAGCAACAACAGCAUCACCAUCAUCAACAACAACAACAACAACAUCAUCAUCAACAGCAACAACAACAACAACAACAACAACAUCAACAGCAGCAACAACAGCAACAGCAACAGCAACACUGCGGACAAGCACAUCUCCAGCCACCCAGUCAGCUCUCGUCCCACCAUCAGAUGACCUCAACCAGCCAAUCACAGUCCUCUGGCUCGUCUGGGCCCUCCUCUGGCUCUGCCACUUCUUGCAACUCUUCUAAUCAUGGGUCAGGUCAACCCCCACAGUCUCCGCCCCCUCACAGACAGAACCAAUCGCCUGUCCGUCGUUUGCCCUCACCAGUCACCCCACCCAUGCCACUGCAACUCAAUCCUCUGGCCAGCCAGGCAGCGGUUGCCGCUGCAGCGGCUAUGGGCUCCAUUGCCGGGUCACAGGUGUUUGGCAAUGCUCUGUCCAGCCUACAGGGAGUAACCGGACAGCUGGUCACCAACGCGCAAGGACAGAUAAUUGGAACAAUCCCAUUGAUGCCUAACUCAGCAGGACCUUCUAACCAGUCAGGGGGCGGGACACCUUCUCUGCAGGUUCAGCCAAUCACACCACAGCUCUUGACCAAUGCCCAAGGCCAGAUCAUCGCCACGGUGAUUGGCAAUCAGAUCCUGCCAGUCAUUAACACCCAGGGAAUCACGCUGUCACCAAUCAAGCCUGGACAGCAGCUGCCUCAGGCCCAGCAGAACCAGUCGGGUCCUCCUGUCUCCCAGCCCAGUCUACUGCGCAUGCCCCACAGUCAGAGUCCUCUCCGUCAAGCUUCCUCUUCCUCCUCAACAUCCUCUUCCUCAUCGUCUGCACUUAGCGUUGGACAGCUUGUCAGUAAUCCACAAACCGCCCCCAGUGAAGUAGACGGAGUCAACCUGGAAGAGAUCCGAGAAUUUGCCAAAGCGUUUAAAAUCCGGCGCCUGUCUCUGGGUCUAACUCAAACUCAGGUGGGCCAGGCCCUCAGCGCUACGGAGGGUCCUGCCUACAGCCAGUCUGCCAUCUGCAGACACACCAUCCUGAGAAGCCACUUUUUCCUACCACAGGAAGCCCAAGAGAACUCUAUAGCUAGCAGUCUGACAGGCAAACUGAACCCUGGCCUUUUAUAUCCUGCCAGGUUCGAGAAGUUGGACAUCACCCCAAAAAGCGCCCAGAAGAUUAAGCCAGUGCUGGAGCGUUGGAUGGCUGAGGCAGAAGCCCGCCACCGCUCCGGCAUGCAGAACCUGACCGAGUUUAUCGGCAGCGAGCCGUCUAAAAAACGCAAGCGUCGGACCUCUUUCACUCCGCAGGCUCUGGAGCUGCUCAACAGCCACUUCGAGAAGAACACGCAUCCCUCCGGACAGGAAAUGACGGAAAUCGCCGAGAAACUGAACUACGACCGCGAGGUGGUGCGCGUCUGGUUCUGCAACAAAAGGCAAGCGCUGAAAAACACGAUCAAAAGACUGAAACAGCCCGAUCUCGGACCGGGCGCGCCAAUGGACUCUUUGGCCGACACCCUCGAAGAGCACCCAUAA